AAUUUAUUUUGAGCAAUGUUGAAGCGCUGUGGACGCGAUGGACGCCGCUACUUGGUUGGAACUGUUCGCACCUAUGCCAAGGAUAUACGCUUUGGGAUGGAGGCGCGGGGACUGUUGCUGAAGGGCAUGGAUAUCAUGAGCAAUGCAGUGUCCGCCACGUUGGGUCCGAGGGGCAGAAAUGUCUUGAUCGAGCGGCUCAUGAUUUCGCCCAGGAUCACCAAGGAUGGGAUAACAGUGGCGAAUAAUGUCCAGCUGGAAGAUCGACGCUGCAACAUGGGCGCCCAGCUGCUGAGACACACCACCUCAAACACAAACAACGAUGUGGGCGAUGGCACCACCACGGCCACGAUACUGGCCAGAGGCAUGGCCAGCCAGGGACUGGAGGUGACCCGCCAGUGGCAGGUCAAUGUCCACGCCUUGCGUGAGGGCAUGCUCGAGGCAUCGCGGGUGGUGUGCGAGGAGCUGCAGAGCAUGUCCCAAAAAGUCGAGAUGAUCGGCGAGGUGGAGGCCGUGGCCACGAUUGCGCUCAACGGAGACAAACGAUUGUCGGGCAUGAUUGGCGACGCUGUCUUCGAGCUGGGCGAGGCGGGAGUGUUCUUGCUUAAGGAGUCAAAGAGCCUGAGGGAUGAGCUCAAAGUGCAGGAAGGUGUCACGCUGCCGGAGGGCUUCGUCUCUCCUCUGUUUGCCAACCAGGGGAAUGGCAACCGAGUGGAGUACAGCAAUGUCCUGCUGUUGGCCACGCUGGCUAGCAUUGAACGGCUGGAUGACAUUCUGCCCGCUCUAGAGUUGGCCAAGAGCAAAGAGCAGCCGCUGCUGAUCAUAGCAAACGAUAUUUCGGAAGAGGUGGUGAAGGCUUUGGUGGUGAAUCAGCUCAGAAACUGCCUGCGAGUGUGCGCCGUCAAGGCGCCCAGCUACGGCUCGGAGCAGCGAGAUCAGAUGCAGGAUUUGGCACUGGCCAUGGGCGCCAAUCUCCUAGAGAAUUCCACUCGUCUGUCUGCAGUGGAGGGAGAGGACCUGGGAGUGGUGAGCGAAGUGAUUGUCGACUCCAGCUCGACCCACCUACUCCAUCCACGCAUCCACAACGAGGACCAAGUGCACGCAAGGGUCCAACACAUCAGAGCCCUCAUGGAGGAGGCGAUCACCGACGAGGAGGUGGACAAGCUGAAUGAGCGCAUGGGGCGACUCUUUGGCUAUCUGGCCACCAUUUACGUGGGCGGGGCCAACGAUCUGGAGGUCAGCGAGAAGAAGGAUCGACUGAAUGAUGCUCUCCAUGCGGUGCAUGGGGCCAUCAGUGAUGGCAUUGUGCCAGGCGGCGGCACUGCUUACCUCAGAUGCAUUCCCGCCCUGGAUGCGUUGCCCCGAUCAGAUAUACCCGAGCACCAAAUUGGGCGAGACAUUGUCAGGAAUGCUCUGCGCCUGCCCUGCUACACCAUUGCCCGCAAUGCUGGCGUCAAUCCGGACGAAGUUAUCCGCAAAGUGCUCGAGGGAAGCGGCAACUUUGGCUAUGACGCGGCCGCAGGGGAGUACUGUGAUCUCAAGCAGCGCGGCAUUGUCGAUCCCACAAGUGCCCUGCGAGCAGCCAUGUCCGAGGCGGCAGGAAUAGCCUCGCUGCUUGCCACAACGGAGGUGCUCAUAACAGAGGAGCGCAUCAGCCUAAAAGUGCCCAGGAAUGAAGUAACCAAAGAUCUAGCAGGACUCAUUGGAAUGUAGAAAGAAGUGGCAAAUGCUCUUCCAAAUUUAGCAUGUAUUUUAAAAUAGGAAACUAAGUCAUUCAA